AUGGCCUCCGAAACAACACUCCCACCACCUACAAAGCCUGCCUCUCCACCUCCGCACCGCCUCUCCAUCCCCUUCCCCGAACGCACCGUACUCCUCACCACCCUCUCCGCCGGCACCGGUCUAGCCUUGGGUCUCGCUCACGGCAGCACAGAAUCUGGUCUCCGCUUCCGCGCUGAGAAUGCCCACCGUCUACCCACUUCGCAAACAGGCUGGUAUUUGUACCACAAAAGCAAAAACUACCAUGUCAUCCUCGGCGGCGUCAAGGAAGGCUUCAAGAUGGCUGGCAAGCUGGGACUGUGGAGUGCCGUGUUCGUGGUGAUGGAGGAAGGCAUUGAUCGAGGGAGGGCGGCGACGGUGAGGGGGUGGAGGGAGAGGGUGGGAAGAGAUCUUGGGAGGUAUGGUGGCGAUGAGGGGGAAGAGAAGGUGGUGCCGCGGGAUUUUGUGAGCACGGUGUUGGCUGGGCUGGGCACAGCGGGAGCAUUCUCAGCUUGGAAUGGGUUCCCGCUGCCUACUGCUGUGAGACUGGCGAAGAUGGGCGCAAAGGUGGGGUUGGUGUUUGGGCUGUUACAAGAUGGAGUGAGCUUUGCAAGAGGGAGGAGGUUGGGCUACGUGGAGUUUGUUAGGAAGCAUGCUUUUGGCACGAGCGAUGAUGAAGGUCUACGAACUGGCAAGGGUAUGGCGGCGGGGUGA